UAAAUUGACUGGGUGGAGCUUUAAGUUGAGAUCUUCCUAACUUAGCCUGCCAGAGUGUGGUAGGACUGCAGGCUUUAGCACCACACCCAGAAAGUUUACUUAUUAAGAGUCAGAUGCAAGUGUACUUGGUGGGGAAUGGGUUCCAGGUGUGGCUCCAUUAGGUGCUGACAAGGGUCAAGAGCUGCCAAAUAUGGAGACAAGCUAUUUUAAGGCUAUAGAUCUGUGAACUUUCUUGUUUUGAGAUAGUGUCUCAAUACAUUCUGCUGGGAUUACAGUGGCAGGGUUACAGUAUACAUCACUGCACCUUGCUCCAAGUGUUUUUAGUUGUCUUUUUGAAACAGGGUUUCACUAUGUAGUUCAGGUUGGUCUUGAACUCACUUUGUAGCCCAGACUGGCCUCAAACUCAUUGUAACCCUCCUGCCUCACAUUCCCAAGUGCUGAGAUUACUGGAAUAUACCUUGUUUCUGAGCUCAGGGUCUCUGUUUUCUUCCAUUAAGGAUUUCCUAUAAGUUUCUCUCUUGAUGACUGUGUCCUAGGGGCUUUUCAUAGGUAAUCUCAUCUAACCCUCACAAUCGCCUCAAGAGACAAGUCUUUAUCAUUUCCAUUUGAGUUAAAGAAGCACCAAGAAGGCUGAUGAACUUUCCAAAGCUAUAUAGCUAGUCAGUGAGACUGUACCAUCACAUGGGAAACUUUCUGAUUAAGAUAAGGAAAUAGUACCUUUCAUUUGGGGGAAAAAAGGAAGCUUGCUUUCAUCCUAAGCCUGCAUGUACAUAUUUUUUUUUUUUGUCUUUUUGAAACAGUUCAGGUUGGCUCACUUUGUAGCUCAGGCACUGGUCUCAAACUUGCAACGAUUCUCCUGUGUCUGCCUCCCAAGUGUUGGAUUUACAGUUAUGCACCACUAUUGACCCGGCUAGUGGAUCUGAAACUUAAAAAGGAUAGGUAAAUGGCUUGCCCAAGAUCAUAUAUCCAGGGACAAUUGUAUGGAUGUCAGGAUCUCAGGACAUCAUCACUCAGGCAGAGCGCGCUGGUGAAAAUCCAGUUCUCCAGUGGCCAGGGUGCUUGUGAUCACACUGCAGGAAGGCAACUUCAGCCCCAGGCGAUGAGAUCUUGUAAGCACAGGGAGCCCCAGCUGAAGACAGUAAGACUUGUAACCUCGAUGAGGGGAUUCCUGUAGGAUCUUCCUUUUUACAGGACCCACUUAAGGGUCUUUAGGUCCACUUAAACUCAUCAGAAAACCCGGCGACGACCUCAGAUUGAAUCACCAGUGGUAGGCUGAGCAUGGUAAAAUCUGACACCUUAAGAGGUCUGUCUCAUUUGUCAAAUGAUAGUUUAAAAGGGCCAGACGAAAUAACGGGAAAUCGCUUCCUACGUUCUUUACGACGCCAAACAACUGCCUGAAUCAUCGCUACUAUAUUCGGGGAAGCUUUCUGCCUUGAGAGCGCCAGUCCCAGCCGGCCGGGUUUUGCGGGUCCUACAGGAAGCGCCCCGCGAUGCUGAGCUCUGUACACUCUAGCCACACCCCUUUGCGCGCGGCGCCUUGGUCCCGCCUACAGCGGGGUCGGCAGAUUCGCUAGGUCGGGUCCCCAAGAUUCUUCGAGCACUUCUUGGUUGAAAAUUCUCAUUAGAUUCUACGGGACUUUUGGGCUGUAGUUAUUCCUGCUGGAUAGGAAGUAGGCUGUCCCUUGAGUUGUCCUAGUAAGGCGACCUGUCCGAGUCUGCCACCUUUGACAAGACUUGGCUGACCCGGAGUUAUUUUCUUGAUUCCACCAGGGCAGGUGAAGAGAGGAAGCAGUUAAAGCCAGGGACAGUGGCGAACUUGCAGGUUUUCAAUCCUUUGGCCGCGUAAGGAAGGAGCAAGAGAGACAGGCAAGGGAGCGUGCAUCUUAACUGACUCGCCCCGCCCGCCUGACGAAUCUGCGUCUAUUCAACGCGCCACUCAAGCCUCCCGAGUUCUGGCUGGCCUCCUCCCCCUCCGCCCCGCCCCCUUCCCCUUAGGGACUAGUCGCAAGUUUCAUCGCCGCCGAUUCGUCAAGAACUCCAGACGAGAGCAGCUAGAUACCAGUGGUGAAGUCUGCCCUCCAGGGAAUGCGGCCAAUCUCCAGGUCCCCUAGGCUGCAAUUUCAGAGCCUCCCAAGGCACCGACCGAGGCAAGGUCGCUGUCCUCGGCUUCGUGGAUCUCCCGGCAGCACCCGUGGCGAAAGUGCGAAUGCAGACGCUGUGCUCGCUGGACCUCGCGCAGGUGGCGGUGGUGUUUGGUGCGCGCGCCGGGGAGGAGGUGGUGGUGGUGGGGGGGCGCCGCCGCCGCCACCGCUGCGGGGCCGGGUGUCGCGCUGCCGCCGCCGCCUCGCGCCCCUGAGGUGCCGCGCGGGUGGGGGGAGGGGGAGCCGCUCGCCGACAGCGGGUGAGUAGGGCCGCGGCGCGCGUGCGCGGAGACUGGGGGUGCAGAACGCGCCGGGGCGGGAGAGGGUAGCGGCGCGCGUUCCCUCCACCCCCCCCGCCCGAAUCCGGGGCUGAAGCCGGGUCUCGGGCUCGGUCUCGCGGUGUUUCCAACGCCCCGAAGAGGUGCCACCUCUUGGCCGAAGGAUCGGGGCGCGGGGACGGGAGCGGCGGUGUGGGAGCGGGAGCCGGGCUUGGCCCGGGCGGCUGGCCGUGUAAAUGAGCAAAGAUGGAUCAAGAAGGUGGGGGAGAUGGGCAAAAAGCCCCAAGCUUCCAGUGGCGGAACUACAAGCUCAUCGUGGAUCCUGCCUUGGACCCUGCCUUGCGCAGGCCUUCUCAAAAGGUGUACCGUUAUGACGGAAUCCACUUCAGUGUCAACGACUCCAAGUACAUACCAGUGGAAGACCUCCAAGACCCCCGUUGCCAUGUCAGGUCCAAAAACAGAGACUUUUCCCUUCCAGUCCCUAAGUUUAAGCUGGAUGAGUUCUAUAUUGGGCAGAUUCCACUGAAGGAAGUGACUUUUGCACGGCUGAAUGACAACGUGCGGGAAACCUUCCUGAAGGAUAUGUGCCGAAAGUAUGGCGAGGUGGAAGAGGUAGAGAUCCUUCUUCACCCCCGUACUCGCAAGCACCUGGGCCUGGCCCGUGUGCUCUUCACCAGCACUCGGGGUGCCAAGGAAACAGUCAAAAACCUCCACCUUACCUCCGUCAUGGGCAACAUCAUCCAUGCCCAGCUUGACAUCAAAGGACAGCAGCGAAUGAAGUACUAUGAAUUGAUUGUCAAUGGUUCCUACACCCCUCAGACUGUGCCCACUGGGGGCAAGGCCCUGAGUGAGAAGUUCCAGGGUUCUGGUGCGGCCACUGAGACGACCGAAUCCCGCCGCCGCUCAUCCUCUGACACGGCUGCCUAUCCAUCAGGCACUGCUGUGGUGGGCACCCCUGGCAAUGGCACCCCCUGCUCCCAGGACACAAGCUUCUCCAGCAGCCGACAAGAUACCCCCUCUUCCUUUGGCCAGUUUACCCCUCAGUCUUCCCAAGGAACCCCCUAUACAUCUCGGGGCAGCACCCCUUACUCUCAGGACUCUGCCUACUCUAGCAGCACCACUUCAACCUCCUUCAAGCCCCGGCGGUCAGAAAAUAGCUACCAAGAUUCCUUUUCCCGUCGUCAUUUCUCAGCAUCUUCAGUCCCCACGACUGUCUCUACAGCCAUCUCUGCCACCACUGCAGCCACUGCCGCGUCCUCCUCUUCUUCCUCCUCAUCCUCAUCUUCAUCAACGUCCUCUUCUUCCUCAUCUUCUCAAUUUCGUGGUUCUGACUCAAACUACCCAGCAUAUUAUGAAAGCUGGAAUCGCUACCAGCGUCAUGCUUCCUACCCACCACGCCGGGCAACUCGUGAGGAGCCCUCUGGUGCCCCUUUUUCUGAAAGUACUGCUGAACGCUUCCCACCCUCCUACACUUCUUACUUGCCCCCUGAGCCCAGCCGGUCCACAGACCAAGACUAUCGGCCUCCUGCCUCAGAGGCCCCGCCACCAGAACCUCCAGAACCAGGUGGAGGUGGGGGAGGUGGAGGACCCAGCCCCGAGAGAGAAGAAGCUCGGACCUCCCCCCGCGCAGCCUCCCCUACCCGUUCAGGCUCCCCAGCCCCGGAGACCACCAAUGAGAGUGUACCCUUCGCCCAGCACAGCAGCCUGGAUUCCCGGAUCGAAAUGCUGCUGAAGGAGCAGCGCUCCAAGUUUUCUUUUCUGGCCUCUGACACAGAGGAGGAGGAAGAGAACUGCAGCGCUGGCUCUGGGGCAAGAGACACUGGAAGUGAGGUGCCUUCUGGGUCAGGUCAUGGGCCUUGCACACCACCUCCGGCCCCAGCUAAUUUUGAGGAUGUGGCACCUACAGGGAGUGGGGAGCCGGGGGCUACCCGGGAGUCUCCCAAGACCAACGGACAGAACCAGGCUUCUCCAUGCUCUUCUGGAGAGGACAUGGAGAUCUCCGAUGAUGACAGGGGUGGCUCACCACCUCCAGCCCCGACACCCCCCCAGCAACCACCUCCCCCUCCUCCCCCUCCUCCUCCCCCUCCCCCCUACCUGGCUUCCCUUCCCCUUGGUUAUCCUCCUCAUCAGCCUGCCUACCUCCUCCCACCCCGACCUGAUGGGCCACCACCCCCUGAAUACCCCCCACCUCCUCCACCGCCCCCCCACAUCUAUGACUUUGUGAACUCCUUGGAACUUAUGGAUCGACUUGGGGCUCAGUGGGGAGGGAUGCCUAUGUCCUUCCAGAUGCAGACCCAGAUGUUAACUCGGCUUCACCAGCUGCGGCAGGGCAAGGGAUUGACUGCUGCCUCGGCUGGUCCUCCUGGUGGGGCUUUUGGAGAAGCCUUCCUCCCUUUCCCACCUCCACAAGAGGCAGCCUAUGGUUUGCCCUAUGCUCUGUAUACACAAGGGCAAGAAGGCCGGGGGGCAUACACUCGAGAGGCCUAUCACCUACCUUUGCCCAUGGCAGCCGAGCCCCUGCCCUCCUCCUCAGUCUCAGGAGAAGAGGCCCGGCUGCCUCCCAGGGAGGAAGCAGAGCUGGCAGAAGGCAAGGCCCUACCGUCAGCAGGCACUGUGGGCCGUGUGCUGGCUACCCUGGUUCAAGAGAUGAAGAGCAUCAUGCAGCGAGACCUCAACCGCAAGAUGGUGGAGAAUGUAGCCUUCGGGGCCUUUGAUCAGUGGUGGGAAAGCAAGGAAGAGAAGGCUAAGCCAUUCCAGAAUGCAGCCAAACAGCAAGCCAAGGAGGAGGAUAAAGAGAAGACCAAGCUGAAAGAACCAGGCAUGCUGUCCCUCGUAGACUGGGCCAAGAGUGGGGGUACCACAGGCAUCGAGGCCUUCACCUUUGGGUCAGGGCUGCGAGGGGCCCUGCGGCUGCCUUCAUUUAAGGUAAAGCGGAAAGAACCAUCAGAAAUUUCAGAGGCCAGUGAAGAAAAGCGGCCCCGACCCUCGACUCCAGCUGAGGAGGAUGAAGACGAUCCUGAGCGAGACAAGGAGGUUGGUGAGCCAGGACGGCCAGGGAGCAAGCCUCCAAAGCGAGAUGAAGAGCGAGGAAAGACCCAGGGCAAGCACCGAAAGUCCUUUGCUCUGGACAGCGAAGGGGAAGAGGCAUCCCAAGAGUCUUCCUCUGACAAGGAUGAGGAGGAGGAUGAGGAAGAUGAGGAAGACGAAGAUCGAGAAGAAGCUGUGGACACCACCAAGAAGGAGACAGAGGCAUCAGAUGGUGAGGAUGAGGAAAGCGAUGCGUCCUCCAAAUGUUCUCUGUAUGCUGACUCAGAUGGUGAAAAUGGCAGCACAUCAGACUCUGAGAGUAGUACCUCAUCUUCCUCAUCUUCCUCAUCUUCCUCUUCAUCAUCCUCUUCAUCAUCGGAGUCCUCAGAAGAGGAAGAGGAAGAGGAGCAGCCAACAACCAUUCCCUCAGCCUCACCGCCCCCCAGGGAAGUUCCAGAGCCCCUCCCGGCACCUGCCAAGGAGCCUGAGCCAGAGACUGCAGUAGGCUCCCCUGUCGUGCCUCUCCCUGAGCAAGAGAAGUCUCCGGCAAGGCCUGCAGGUCCCACUGAGGAACCACCUCCCAGUGUGCCCCAGCCUCCCUCAGAGCCACAGACUGGGCCCUCUGCUCCAUCCCCGCACCUGGAUGAACGCCCCUCUUCUCCUAUACCCCUUCUGCCACCACCCAAGAAGCGUCGAAAAACUGUCUCCUUCUCUACUGCGGAGGAAGUGCCAGCCCCAGAGCCACCCCCAGCUGCCCUCCCGCAGGCCAAGUCUCCUGGCACAGUGUCUCGAAAAGUCCCUCGAGGUGCUGAGCGGACCAUUCGCAACCUGCCCCUGGACCAUGCAUCUCUGGUCAAGAGCUGGCCCGAGGAAGUGUCCCGAGGGGGCCGCAACCGGGCUGGAGGCCGAGGCCGCUCCAUGGAGGAAGAAGAGGUUGAGCCAGGUACAGAAGUGGACCUGGCUGUACUGGCUGACCUGGCUCUGACCCCAGCCCGGCGCGGGCUGGCUGCCCUGCCUCCUGGUGACGAUUCAGAGGCCACAGAGACCUCAGAUGAAGCUGACCGCCUCUGCCCCCCACUCAACCACAUCCUCCUGGAGCACAACUAUGCCCUGGCCAUCAAACCCACACCCUCCACACCACCCCCAAGACUCCCGGAGCCAGUCCUGGCCCCUGCAGCCCUCUUCAGCUCCCCAGCAGAUGAGGUCCUGGAGGCCCCUGAGGUGGUGGUUGCUGAAGCAGAGGAGCCAAAGCCACAGCAGCAGCUGCAGGUACAGCAGGAGGAGGGGGAGGAAGAGGAGGAGGAAGAAGAGGAGUCUGAGUCCUCAGAGAGUAGCAGCAGCAGCAGCAGCAGUGAUGGGGAUGGGGCUGGCCGGAGGCGCAGCCUCCGCUCCCAUGCCCGGCGCCGUCGGCCACCACUCCCACCACCACCGCCACCACCCCCCUCCUUUGAGCCCCGUAGCGAGUUUGAGCAGAUGACCAUCCUUUAUGACAUUUGGAACUCAGGCCUAGACUUGGAAGACAUGAGCUACCUGCGGCUCACAUACGAGCGGCUGCUGCAACAGACCAGUGGGGCCGACUGGCUUAAUGAUACCCACUGGGUCCACCAUACAAUUACCAACCUGAGCACUCCCAAGCGCAAGCGGCGGCCCCAGGAUGGGCCCCGAGAACACCAGACAGGUUCUGCACGCAGCGAAGGCUAUUAUCCCAUCAGCAAGAAGGAGAAAGACAAGUACCUGGAUGUGUGCCCUGUCUCGGCCCGGCAGCUGGAAGGAGUUGACACUCAGGGGACUAACCGUGUGCUUUCCGAGCGCCGGUCUGAGCAGCGGCGGCUGCUGAGUGCCAUCGGGACCUCAGCUAUCAUGGAUAGUGAUUUGUUAAAGCUAAAUCAGCUCAAGUUCCGGAAGAAGAAGCUCCGAUUUGGCCGGAGCAGGAUCCAUGAAUGGGGUCUCUUUGCCAUGGAACCUAUUGCAGCUGACGAGAUGGUCAUCGAAUAUGUGGGUCAGAACAUUCGCCAGAUGGUGGCUGACAUGCGGGAGAAACGCUACGUGCAAGAGGGCAUCGGCAGCAGCUACCUGUUUCGGGUGGACCAUGAUACCAUCAUUGAUGCUACCAAGUGUGGAAACCUGGCGAGGUUCAUCAACCACUGCUGCACGCCCAACUGCUAUGCCAAGGUGAUAACCAUUGAGUCACAGAAGAAGAUCGUGAUUUACUCCAAGCAGCCCAUCGGUGUGGAUGAGGAGAUCACCUAUGACUAUAAAUUCCCACUGGAAGACAACAAGAUCCCAUGUCUGUGUGGCACAGAGAGCUGCCGUGGCUCCCUCAAUUGAGGUGGGGCAGGACUGGUGCCCACAGCCCUAUUUAUUCCCCCUUGGUGCCCUGAGCUCCCAGCACCCCCCAGCCUUAGUGGGUUCAGCAGAGCUCUCACACCCCCAUAUAGAAGGGUUUGGGACUCUGAACCCAGCAAGGGAGCCUCAGUCCCUUUUCUGCCUCCCUGUUGCCCCUGCCCACCCACCCACCCCUAAUUUUUUUUCUUUGCGGAGAAGAAGCUGUAAAUGUUUUGUAGCUGCCAGCAGCUGUUUCCUGUGGAAACCUGGGGUGCCGGCCUGUACAGAUCCUGUUCUUGGGGGCUACUCAGCCCUCUUGCAUUGUGUUAUGGGGAUUUCCCCUUUGCCCUGCGUGCACCCCUCCCCAGUUUAGGGGUCUCUAGGGGCAGUGGCCAUGUUCUUCCCUGGGGGGGGCCCUGUGGCCCCAUCCUGGGGACUCUGUGCCUGGAACCCUGCCUCAUCUUCUGUUCCUGCCAGACCCUGUGGGUCACCCUCCCACCCUGGUGUCUGGAGAUUCCUGCUCAGCCAGCCAGGAUGGUGGGGGGUGGGCCCUUGUUGGGCUGGAUUGUACAUAUGUUAAUAGUGCAAACAACACCACAUUUUUAUAAUUGUGAUUAAACUUUAUUGUACAAAA